AUGCGGCUACCGGAGGGCUAUGAAGAGAUUAUGGGAGUUACUUUGCCUAAGAAUGCAGUUUAUCGCCUGAAGAAGUCCAUUUACGGUUUAAAACAAGCUUCCCGUCAAUGGUUUCUCAAAUUUUCAGUCUCUCUUCUGCAAUUGGGGUUCACAAAGUGUCAUGGUGAUCACACACUUUUUGUUCAAAGCCGUGGGAAUGAUUUUCUUGCUGUUUUGGUUUACGUUGAUGAUAUAGUCAUUGCCAGCACUUCAGAAUCGAGUGCUAAUGCCUUAACAGCUGCUUUAAAACAGAGUUUUAAGCUUCGUGAGCUUGGUCCUCUUAAAAAUUUUCUGGGCUUGGAGAUUGCUCGCAAUACUUCUGGAAUCUCGAUCUGUCAGCGUAAGUAUGCUCUUGAACUUCUCACAACUUCUGGUAUGUUGGCUUGCAAGGCUGCAAAUACUCCUAUGGUCCCAAAUUUGCAGUUAUCCAAUACUUCUGGUGAUUUGUUAGAGGAUAAGGAGAUGUAUCGCAGUCUCGUUGGCAGAUUGAUGUAUUUAACGAUCACUCGUCCUGACAUUACAUUUGCUGUGAAUAAGUUGUGCCAGUUCUCCUUUGCUCCUCGCACCUCUCAUCUCACAGUGGUUUAUCAGGUCUUACAAUACAUCAAAGGAACUAUUGGACAAGGUAUUUCCUACUCUGCAGACCCGGACCUUACUCUCAAAGGCUUUGCUGAUUCGGAUUAUGCUUCUUGUCCCGACAGUAGACGUUCCACUACUGGUUUUCCUAUCUUCUUGGGGUCCUCUCUUAUAUCAUGGCGAUCCAAGAAGCAACAGACUAUCUCUCGUUCCUCUGCUGAAGCAGAGUAUCGUGCUCUUGCUCUUGCUUCCUGCGAAAUGAUGUGGUUGAUUACGUUGCUGUCUGAUUUGAGAAUUGGUCUUCCUUCCACUCCAGUUAUUUUCUCUGAUAGCACUGCUGCUAUCUACAUUUCCACCAACCCCGUUUUCCAUGAACGAACCAAAUAUAUCGAGGUUGAUUGUCACACGGUUCGAGAGAAGCUGGAUAAAUGUCUCAUCAAGAUGCUUCAUGUUCGAACAGAAGAUCAAGUGGCAGACAUCUUAUCUAAACCAUUGUUUCUUCCUCAAUUUGAACAUUUGAAAUCCAAGAUGAGUCUUCAAAAUAUAUUCGUCUCAUCUUGA